CAACCACAAACGCUGCGUCGCAAACGCGUCUGGAGAGAUCUAACAACUCUUGGGACUUAAAACCACCAGACUGUUGUCACGCUUUGAAGAAGCUGGGAUUAUAUUUCUGAUCUGCAAAUAUGGUUCCUGAGGAAAGUGUCGCCUCCUUCGAGAACAGGAUGCAGUCUGCAAGCUUGGCACUGGAGGAGUUGCUUUUAACUGCCCAGAAACAGCACUGCCUCACCGUUGGCAUCUAUGAAUCAGCAAAGCUGCUCAAUGCAGAUCCAGACAGUGUGGUCCUGUGCGUCCUAGCAGCUGACGAUGAAGAGGACGUGGCACUGCAGAUCCACUUCACGUUGCUGCAGUCUUUUUGCUGUGACAGUGGCAUCAAUAUCCUGCGGGUCUCUGGGGUUCAAAGACUGUGGCAGCUUCUGGGAGGCGUGGAUGCGAACCAAAACCAAGAGGAGAGCGGAGACCUGCACUGCAUGCUGGUCACGAAUCUUCAAGUAGAUCACUACAGACUGCAAGAAGUUGGGAUGUACUGCCAAGAGAGCCGACGCCUCGACCAGUGGGUUCCUGAGCUGGUUCUGCAGGAACGUUGAAGGGUCUUUCCUGAGGAAACCUGGAGUUUCUGGAUUAAACUCCUAAAAGGAACAAAGGAUAUUGAUGCUUGUAAAGCAAUAGGCUUGAGUGGACUUGCUCUCAGUGAGAAAACUGAUAGUAGCAGGGACCUAAAAGGUUCUCCGGGUCGCUCUAAAACAGUUGGACAUUUCUGCAGAAGAUAUAAAAACAGAGGAGUGGAUUAAAUUAUCAUCUCUAAACAGAAACUCUCUUAUUUACCUAUUUGGGCUUCUGUUUGGACAGUCUCAGUGCUCAAGGACUAGUUUAUUGACUGUAACUUUUCCACACCCAGUACAUACCUGGAAGAUUUGUAUGUUUACUAUCUGGACUGACAUGUUGUAAUAGUGAAAGCUACUGUAUAGCCAACAUUCCUGAGUGUUCAGAGUAGGGAGAGUCUCCAGAUAGAAGGGUUGAGUAUGAAAGUGUGGUAUGCAUACACAAUGUCUUUAGAAAAGGCUGGGUGUGCGUUUUUUGCUGAGCAGCUGAACCUGUGGAAGAGUGAUCGCUAUGGAAACUGAAACUGUACUGAAAGAAGACAGAGGAUUUGGCCGGCUUUGCAGAACCAACAAACUGAAAAAAAACAAGGUCUCCAGACCUGAUGCUUUGGGUCUGAAUUCAAAUCUCAGGAGGAUACAGAUAAUCUGUAUUUCUGAUAAAGACUGUAACAUGAUGUGCCUUUUCUAAUGUUGCCUAUUUUCUAAAAAGAUGAAAUGUUCUGUUAAUUUAUUAUUUGUAUCAUUUGUUCGGGUGUAUUUUUGUGCAAUAAGUCAAUAAAUUAUUGGAAUCAUCAAGAGUACCUCUACUCAGAUUUCAAAAGGAAAGUCAAGUGUGCAUCAUGGAACUGGCUGAGUUGUGUUUACACUGGCAUUGAAGUAAUGGAAAAAAUGCACGCACAGUUGGGUCAAAGUCUUUGUUGACAACCUUUUCUUUUGUGUGAACGUAAGUCAGACAGAAUGACACCAGGGUGGAGACUGAAACUACGUUGAAAGAAACAGGCAAAGCCAGCUGAUGCAGACUUACUGUCCCUACAGGAAAUUGUAAAAGCCUCCUGUCAAACCCUCAGUUUUCUCUCAUUAUUCUUGUUUUGUUACAUAUUUUUAACCUUCCUGCAAUUCAAUGCUGCAUGCAUGGAAGCACGGAAAACUGUCACUACAGUAAAUGCCCUCUGCUCUACUCCCUGCCUUUUUCUUCACCCUCACAUGUCUGCCCAACGCUCGGCCAGAAGGGGAACACCCAGGCACAUGUAACAGACAUUUGUUUACACUCUGCUACUGAGACACAUAACAGGUGAUGGGCUGAGUUCCAAAUGGCUGUGAUUCACCCACACCCCAAACCUCAUUCC